GCUGCAGCCAGCGGCCCAGAUCCUGAAGGAGCGCAUCGACGCGCUGGUGCAGGCCGGUCGGGAAUCGAGGCUGGAGGAUGAGCGUGCCGAGGGCGCAGAGCAGGCACUGCGGAUGCUGCGCCAGCACUGGUGCGAGGGGAACGACGUCCACGACGAGGACCGUUGGAGGCAUCCCGCCCUGCAUCGGUCGCGCGGCGGCCAGCACCCGUACCCGGGCCUCUCGAACCUGUGCAACACUUGCUACCUCAACGCGCCCCUGCAGUGCCUCCUCCACUGCCCCGCCGCGCGCGCCGCGCUCCUGGGGGCGGAGCGCGAGGGUGAGCCGCUGGUCGUGCAGGAGCUGCGCGCCCUGGCGGCCGCCUGCGUGCGCGGGGUGCCGCCGCCCGCGGAGGGCGUCGGCGGCGCCGCGCCAGCGCCAGUCCGCUUGGACCGCUGGUCCCCGCGCGCCUUCGUGGACGCGUUCCUCGCGAAGCACUGGGUGGACUUCAGGCUGGGGAAGUACGCGGACGCGAGUGAGGUGCUGUCUUUCAUCCUGGAAGACGCGCCCGGUCUCGCCAGCCUCUUCCAGACAGGAUGCGACGAGGAGGCCAUGAUGAGGCCCCCGGCGUUCGUGGACGAGGCAGACGAAGGCGACGACGCCCUGUCGCCGCAGGACUUCCUCCUCGACGGGGGCGCGCAGCGACUGGACGUGCGAGAGCUGCUCCGCCGCGGCGCCUCCAUGGGCGGGCGACUGCGAUCGAAGCCCGAGUUGCUGGCGGUCCACGUGCCCCAGAGGUGGGAGCGGGGCGACGGCGCGGCGCUCUUCCUCGGCGGCUGCGACAUCGCGCCCUACUGGGGCGAGCUCCCGGAGGUGGCUCUGAGGGCGGGGGGGGAAGACGUCGCGUACCGCCUGCGCGCCUACGUGCAGUACAUCCUGCCCGAGGGGUCGGAAGCCGUCCCAUCCCACGUUCUGAAUGACCCCCAGGGCCACUUCGUGGCCCACUUCGAGGAGGACGGGAGCUGGUACACUGCAGACGACCUGGGCGAUCGGCCGCACGUGGUCCAGUGGGCGCCUGGCACCCAGCACAAGAUACCUUGCAUCAUCUUCCUUGAGAAGGUGGGCUCCAGGGCGGCCCGCGCCGAGGCGUGCCCGUGGCCGCUCGGGCCGGUCGCCGACGGCGCGGAGGGCGCGGGCGACGACGGCGACGUCGACACGGACGGCGAGGACAGCCCUGGCCUCGACGAAGCGCCCGAGAAGCAGGAGGAGGAGGGUGGCGGGGCCGGCGACGCUGGCGCGCUGGGCGCGCGGAAGCGACCCGCGGCGUCAGCGAGGAGCGGCGCCCCUGCCAGGAAGCGGCUCCGCCUCCGAGGGAAGCAGAGCGUGGCUGGGAGGCAGCAGAGCCGCGCCGGGAGGCAGCAGAGCCGCGCCGGGAGGCAGCAGAGCCGCGCUGGGAGGCAGCAGAGCCGAAACCAGGAGGGGAGGCAGCAGAGCCGAAACCGAGAGGGGAGGCAGCAGAACCGGGAGGAUCAGAAGCGCGGUUGCAAGUCGGAGGAGGUGCUGCGGCAGGGGCGGAAGCCGAAGAGCAAGGGCGACAACGCCGACGGGUCCAGGCAGGACGCCCAGAACAACGCCGCCACCCCGGUCCUCCGCAGCAGCAGGGGAGCGAAGAGCUUGCAGGCGGCGUGCGAUGCGCGCCGGGAGUGCGGCGACCUGUUCUUGCUCUUGCACUUGCUGGAGCCGCUGGCCGCUGCCGAUGACCUGCUGAAGCGCUACCCUGACUUCUUCGUCUACGCGGGCGACGACUGCGCCAACCGAUGGGCGACGUUCCUGCGCGCCUUCGAUCGGCCCGACAAGUUGGCCGGCAGGCUGCGGGAGGCGCUCGGGGUGGCGGAGGAGGAGAUUUCCGACGCCAAGCGCCGACUGGAGAGCGGGGAGUGGCACUUGCACCACGUCGCGGAGCUCCUGGACGAGCGCCUGGGCUUCGCCCACGGCGCCCACUCCGUGGCGGCCGCGGUCCGCCUGGCGGCGAGCGACGCGUCGGCCGCGCUGGGCGACGGCAACCCGCUGAGGGCGCACCUGGCGGAGGCGUGGCAGCGCAGACCCUGCAACCGCGGCCCGCCCCGGCACGCCGCCAUGCCUGCGCGCCUUCGGGAUCGCUCUGAGUGGUUCCAGUGCCCCGCGCCCGCCCUGCAUUAUGCCUGCCGCAUGUGCGAGGCCGAGUUCCCCAACAGGGAGGCGUUCAAGGCGCGCCGGGGCAGAGUCCACGGGGGGCAGCGGUGGUACCAGUCGCAGUAUGUGGCGCGGUGCGAGCUGGAGCCCUACCAGCCGUCGCCGACCGAGGAGCGCCAGGUGGUUGCCAGGUUCCACAUCUCCCAGUGCUGCGCCACCGUCGAUCCCGUCGACGAGCCGUUCGUCCCGAAGCUCGACUCGGAGAUGCAGAAGCAGCUCGUCCACGCGGAGAUCGUCGGCAGGAUCGCCGGCAAGAUCGGGCAG